CGCGGGUCCUGGGGCCCCGUGGGGCCUCGGGAGAAGCGGGCGCGGCUGGGCGCGGGGCGGGGCCUGCGGGGCGGCGCGGCAGCUGGUACUUAAGCAACUCCCGCGCACGCCGGGGCCUGGCCAUGGCUCUAAGGCGCAUCCUCGCCGCGGUGCGCUCCCGCACUCCCCGCCUCACCCCGCUGUCCACGGCGGCGCCGAAGACCCGGGAGCAGCCCGCCGCUGCCCGGGGGCCCGUGCGCGGACGCGGGGCGGCCGAGGCCGUGCGGCCGCCGGUGCCCACCGUGGAGUUCGACAACGCGCAGGAGGCGUACCGCAGCCGGCGCAGCUGGGAGCUGGUGCGCAGCCUGCUGGUGCUGCGCCUGUGCGCCUCGCCCGCGCUGCUGGCGCACCACGAGCAGCUGCUCCAUUUCACCAGGAGGCUUCUAGGACAACGGCUGUUCGACAGGCUGAUGAAGAUGACUUUUUACGGACAGUUUGUGGCCGGUGAGGACCAGGAGUCCAUCCAGCCCCUAAUCCGGCAUAACAGGGCUUUUGGCGUGGGCUCCAUCCUGGACUACGGAGUGGAGGAGGACCUGAGCCAAGAGGAGGCGGAGCGCCAGGAGAUGGAGUCCUGCACUUCAGCCGCGGAGAGGAAGGACGGAGGCACCAGUAAGAGGGAGAAGCAGUACCAGGCCCACCAGGCCUUCGGAGACCGCAGGGACGGCGUUGUCAGCGCCCGCACCUACUUCUACGCCAACGAAGCCAAGUGUGACCGCCACAUGGAGACGUUCCUGCGCUGCAUCGAGGCUUCAGGUGGAGCCAGCGAUGACGGCUUCUCAGCCAUCAAGCUCACUGCGCUGGGGAGACCCCAGUUUCUGCUGCAGUUCUCAGACGUGCUGACCAAGUGGAGACGGUUCUUUCACCAAAUGGCUGCCGAGCAAGGGAAAGUCGGGCUGGAUGCCAUGGACACAAAGCUGGAGGUGGCAGCACUGCAGGAAAGCGUGGCGAGGAUGGGCAUUGCGUCCCGGAAGGAGAUUGAGGACUGGUUCAGAGCAGAGACCCUGGGCGUGUCCGGCACCCUGGACCUGCUGGACUGGAGCGGCCUCAUCGACAGCAGGACCGAGCUCUCCAAGCACCUGGUGGUCCCUAACAUGCAGACAGGACAGCUGGAGCCUCUGCUGUCGGGGUUCACCGAGGAGGAGGAACAGCAGAUGAGGAGGAUGCUGCAGAGGAUGGAUGUCCUGGCCAAGAAAGCCACCGAGGCGGGGGUGCGGCUGAUGGUGGACGCGGAGCAGACCUACUUCCAGCCGGCCAUCAGCCGCCUGACGCUGGAAAUGCAGCGCAAGUUCAACGUGGAGAAGCCGCUCAUCUUCAACACGUACCAGUGCUACCUCAGGGAUGCCUAUGACAAUGUCACCCUGGACUUGGAGCUGGCUCGCCGCGAGGGCUGGUGUUUUGGAGCCAAGCUGGUGCGGGGUGCCUACAUGGCCCAGGAGCGGGCCCGUGCUGCGGAGAUCGGCUAUGAGGACCCCAUCAACCCCACGUACGAGGCCACCAACGCCAUGUACCACAGGUGCCUCAAUUAUGUCCUGGAGGAGCUGAAGAACAAUGGCAAGGCGGAAGUGAUGGUGGCCUCCCACAACGAGGACACGGUGCGCUUCACGCUGCGCAGGAUGGAGGAGUUGGGUCUGCAUCCCGCUGACCGCCAGGUUUACUUUGGACAGCUGCUGGGCAUGUGUGACCAGAUCAGCUUCCCACUGGGCCAGGCGGGCUUCCCUGUGUACAAGUACGUGCCCUACGGCCCUGUGAUGGAGGUGCUGCCCUACCUGUCCCGCCGCGCCCUGGAGAACAACAGUGUCAUGAAGGGCGCCCGACGGGAGCGGCAGCUGCUAUGGCAAGAGCUCAAGCGGAGGCUCUACACAGGCAACCUCUUCUACCGCCCGGCCUAGCGCCCACGGGCCACCUGCCACCAGACUUGGUUUCCCAGGGCCUCGGGCUGGGGUCUGGCUGGCCCCUAGGCCAAUGCUGCUACAGCCCAGCCGCACGCGGAUCCGCCGCUCCACACCCGAGACUCUGAGAACUGCUUCCUACCCAGGAUGUGGGCACCCACGUACAGGCGGUCUGAUACCUGCCGGAGCCACUGAGAAGGUCAGGAACUGCCCUUUGAGUGGGCACCGCCCCCAUCUCUGCCCACUUUCCACCAGGGUCUGUCCCACACACUGUGAGCCCCACAGGUGGGCCAGCCAGGCUGAGGGAGGUGGACUGGUCAAUAAACCACUACUUCUGCA